UCGCUGCCGCCGGCUCCUGAGCGAGCCUCCCCGGCCGGCGGCGGGGCCGGGCCCGGCAUGGAGUUCCCCGGGGAGCUGGCUGAGAUGCCCAGACAGUUCCCAAAGCUGAACAUAUCUGAAGUUGAUGAGCAAGUGCGACUUCUAGCUGAGAAGGUAUUUGCUAAAGUUCUCCGAGAAGAAGACAGCAAGGAUGCCUUGUCACUAUUCACUGUGCCUGAAGACUGCCCUAUUGGGCAGAAAGAGGCCAAGGAAAGGGAACUUCAGAAGGAACUGGCAGAACAACAGUCUGUGGAAACAGCAAAAAGGAAGAAAAGUUUCAAGAUGAUUCGAUCUCAGUCUUUGUCAUUACAAAUUCCGUCUCAGGAAUGGAAAGCACCACCGGCCAUUCCUACUCUGUCUCCUACAACACCAGUUCUUCAACAUGCUUUCCUGCCAGUCCAGGUGCCAUAUGAUGUACCAGAGUUUCAGAGAGUUUCAAUUAGUGGGGACUACUGUGCAGGGGUUACAGUUGAUGAUUACGAGCAAGCUGCCAAGAGCCUGGUGAAAGCUCUUCUCAUUCGAGAAAAGUAUUCACGCCUUGCAUAUCAUCGCUUCCCAAGAACGACAUCCCAGUAUCUGUGUAGCAUGCAACAUGAGAAGUGGAAGGUUGAAGAUGAAGUGUGUCCACAUUUUCAUUCACCCCCAGAAGAAAAUGAAGAUCCUUACAAUCUUGAUGAUGCUCCAAACAAUUUGGAUUAUGUGGUCAAGAUAAAAGGUGGCAUUCCAUUUGUUUAUGAUAACAAAGAAAUGAUGGAGCUCAAUGAGCCUCGGAGUCUGCCCUAUCCUGACCUGGAGACCUAUACCCUUGACUUGAGCCACGUUCUUGCUCUAAUUGCAGAUGGUCCAACAAAAACAUACUGCCAUCGCCGGCUCAACUUUUUAGAAUCUAAAUUUAGUUUGCACGAGAUGUUAAACGAAAUGUCUGAGUUUAAAGAACUGAAGAGUAACCCCCAUCGAGACUUUUAUAACGUGAGAAAGGUUGAUACUCAUAUCCAUGCUGCUGCUUGCAUGAACCAGAAACACUUACUGAGGUUUAUUAAGCACACGUAUCAAACAGAGCCAGACAGGAUUGUUGCAGAGAAAAAAGGCAAGAAGAUGACCUUAAAGCAAGUCUUUGAAAGCCUUCACAUGGAUCCAUAUGACCUCACUGUAGACUCUUUAGAUGUCCAUGCAGGUCGUCAAACAUUCCAUCGAUUUGACAAAUUCAAUUCCAAGUACAAUCCAGUUGGUGCCAGUGAGCUGAGGGACUUGUAUUUGAAAACCGAGAACUACAUUGGUGGAGAAUAUUUUGCUCGUAUGGUCAAGGAAGUAGCCCGUGAACUAGAAGAAAGUAAGUACCAGUACACAGAACCCCGAUUAUCCAUCUACGGACGGUCUCCAGAUGAGUGGCUGAGCUUGGCAAACUGGUUCAUUAAACAUAAAGUCUACUCUCCUAAUAUGCGCUGGAUAAUUCAGGUUCCCAGAAUCUAUGAUAUAUUUAGGUCAAAGAAUAUUCUGCCUAGUUUUGGAAAGAUGUUAGAGAACAUUUUUGUGCCUUUGUUUGAAGCAACAAUCAAUCCCAAAGACCACAAAGAAUUACAUCUUUUCCUCAAAUAUGUGACUGGCUUUGACAGUGUUGAUGAUGAAUCCAAGCAUAGUGGCCAUAUGUUCUCUGACAAAAGCCUUACCCCUGACCUCUGGACUAGCGAGAAGAAUCCCCCAUAUAGCUAUUACUUGUAUUACAUGUAUGUCAACAUCAUGUUGCUAAACAACCUUAGGAAGGAAAGAGGCAUGUGUACUUUCCUGUUUCGACCUCACUGUGGAGAAGCUGGGUCUAUCACACAUCUUGUGUCAGCCUUUCUGACAGCAGACAACAUUUCUCAUGGACUGCUCUUGAAGAAGAGUCCUGUCUUGCAGUAUCUUUAUUAUCUUGCACAAAUUCCCAUUGCCAUGUCUCCUCUUAGUAACAACAGCCUCUUCCUGGAGUACUCAAAAAAUCCACUACGGGAAUUUCUACAUAAGGGACUUCACGUCUCUCUCUCUACAGAUGACCCUAUGCAAUUUCAUUACACAAAGGAAGCACUCAUGGAGGAAUAUGCUAUUGCAGCCCAGGUGUGGAAACUGAGUACCUGUGACCUAUGUGAAAUAGCAAGAAACAGCGUGCUGCAGAGUGGAUUGUCUGAUAAGGAAAAACAGAAAUUCUUAGGGGUUAACUACUGUAAAGAAGGGCCAGAGGGAAAUGACAUUCGAAAGACAAAUGUUGCACAGAUCCGGAUGGCCUUCAGGUACGAGACGCUGUGCAAUGAACUUAGUUUCCUGUCUGAUGCUAUGAGAACAGAUGAGAUUUCAACAUUGUCAUAGUAGUUACAAGCUCAAAUAAACCACAGCAUUUCACUCCCAAGCAGAAUGGGACGCUAAAUAGUAUCGAAUCAUCUGCUGUUGAUGCUACCGAGAAAUACCUGAACAACAUGGACAAAAACAGAGUAUGGGAGCUAAACAGCAUUUGCUGUUAUCUUUUACUGUGUUAUUCUCAUUGCAAAAAUGUCAGUUUCUACAAACAGUAGGCUUUGUAAGACUGCUGUAAAUAUUAUAUGCAAACUAAGAAUCAUGUAUUAUUUGUUUCAUAGUGUCUUAAAUGUGCACUAUAUUGUAGCUUGCAAAACUAUACAGAGUAUCCAUAAUGCAUCCAUGAGAUGCAUUUUAGGAUACUGCGGAUGCUGAAAGAACGCACGCACCCAAUUUUUGUCCUGCUAGUCUCAUAGCAAUCAUGGCAUUUACCACUGGGAAGUUUAACCCUUUAUUCGACAGCAGAUUGUAUAGGGUGUGUAAUUUUGAGGCUGCCCCCUCAUUCAUGAUUCUUACCUUAACAUUUCAGCAGUUAAACUGGAAAACAAGAAAGCUCAAAAUAUAGUAGUCACAUUUAAUGACCAUUUAAUUACUUCCUGUUGUCAUGUGGGAUGGCUGCAAAUAACAGCAGACUAAAUGUUUUUAAUCUUAAUAUGUACAAAACACAGUGUCAAAAUUAUCACUAUUGUACACUGUAAUAACAAGUGUAAUUACAUUAUGAAAGCUCUGCAUUGUAGGUUAAGAACAUGUUUUUAUUGCUUUUUAAUCAGAGUAUGUUGGUUUGCCAAUUCAAAUUAUUUGGAAACUUAUGAGAUAAUGCUGGUUGCAUGUAAAGAGAGUUUUUUUUACUUGAACAAAGGAAGUGUUCUUAUGAAUCAGCAGUAGAAACUCCAGACCUGGGUUCUGGUCCUACUUCUGAUGUCUUUUUACCAAUUUGUGUUAGUUUGUAUUUUAGUCAAUUACAGAGAUGAACGAGAAGUCACAAACUGUCUAUUUAUACAGAAGCUAGCUAGGUAAUUUUUAGUCAUUGUAUGUUAAAACUUUUUAUUUAUGAUGGAGCAGAUAGUAAAAUAUAACUAUUGUACGUCUUCCCCCCCCCCCCCCCAAUUCGAAUAACCUUCUUAAGACAAAGUAUUACUUCACUCAGAAAGGAAUAAAGGUAAUAAAUAUCACAUAGUAUCUUCAUUUUGUAGGAACUGUAGGUAGCUUUGUGCAGAAAAAGAAAGAAAGACUUGAAGGCUUAUGGAUAAGCAGAGAGAGAGUGCCAAUGCCUGUAAGUCCAAAACAGAAGUAAUUAAUCUGAAGGCCUAUAGUCCCUAAGACAGGAUGGUGAGCCUACAGAGAGACCUGCAGAGAGGUUACGAGUCUUAGAACAGAAUAAAUGCAGAAUUAAAGUGUAAAUAACAUUUUAACAAAUGCUAGCCAAUUAAGUUUCAUGCCACUUCGGUUUCUUAGGCCAGGCCCUUGUCCUGGAUACCUACACCCAUCCUUUCUGAAGUUGACCAGGUCUCACUUCCCCUUGUAAACGCAGAAGGAAGGAGCACUGGUGAUAUCACCAGUACCAGACACCUCAGUGAUGGCAUAAACAUAGGUAUUUAUUGAAACAAGCACUCUCCUCAGGCUGCAGGAGUGGAAAGCAGUACCUUCAAGGACAAUUUCUAAUGCACCUGCCGUCCUGAAUGGUGGUUGCAUGAAGGAAGAAUUCCCUGUUAUCACCUACAGCUGUGCAGCCACGGAAGAGCCCCAUAAGAAAUUAACCUGAAAAAAGACCUUAGGAAAUAGCCCGAAGUAGGGCUUCUACAGGGAGCCCUGGAGCACAGGAACAGACUUCUGGCCAUCCAGGGAGUUGCAGCACUCACAAGGCUAGACGAGGAAUUCUGAUCCAAAACAAGGCUGCAGACAGACGGUGGGCGACUCGCUGUCAGCUCUUCAGCCAUCUAGCUUAAUGUCUGCAGUGUUCAACUAGUGCCAUUUUUGACACUCCUAGUGCAGCUUCAAUCCUGUGAACCAGUGCUAUACUGGCUCAACUGUGUAACAUUAAGUUGUUCUAAGGUUAUAGUCAGCUACAUCCAUUGGCCUCACUGUUAAGAGAUUUUAGCAGCUGACAUAAUGCAUUGUCAGGAUCUGAGUUUUCUUCCAAUGGCCUGAAGAGUGGUUCCAACCUUUUGACUACAUAAAAUGGAGAAGAGUUAGAAGAGUUCUCUUCAUUAGUACAGCUUCCUAAUAAGUUUCUAUACAAAGUGUUAUUUACCUCAGUACCUUUAUCCAGUCUGAGUAAGUAACAUGCUUUUGAGAAUUCUACUUUUAGGUAUUUUUGAUCUCACAACCAUUGCUUUACUUGGGCUGUUACACCUGUGGAUUGCCUUUAGUGUGUCUCUUGUUUGUCAUUUAUAUUUCCUAGCUUUUUUUGACACUAUACCAAACUCCUGGAUGUUUAAUACCUUUCCAAUUUCCCUUACCUCAAGAACAUCAAGUUCUAAUGUGUUGGUAGCUCUCUCAAAAAAACAAAAACAACAACCAAAAAAACCCAAAAACAAACAAUAAAGCAAAACCAAAGUUAACAAAACAGAACAAUUUAAAUCUUUGUUGUUAGAGUAAUCUGGCUUUUUAACAAUAACAAACUACCAAACAAGUGGCCAUUAGCACAAAUUCUCCUUUUGGUGCAUCCCUGUUUGCUGCUUUUAACAACACAUUGAGCUAAGUGUUAUAUUUAGGGAAACAGAGCCAUAUCCUUCCAAGCUUCCAUUGCUACAUCCCUUUUUUGAUUAUCUUUUAGUUACACAGAUGUUACUGAUUCUCAGGGUCAGUUCUGGGACUUGAGCUGUUUUCAGUUGCAGUUUUGUUCUAAUGACUGUUUCAAACAACCUUGCAGUCUUAGGAUAUGCAUGUAAAAACAGAUCCACUGUUGAAGUGUUAAUGUCAUCUGAAUUAACUGUCGUACACUUUUACUCAAGUGCAAGAUUGGGCAAACUGCUGUUCUUGUAUUUCCCAGACCACGUUAAGAUCUGACUGGGCUACAGCCCAGUUUGUUUUGCUUACACAGAAGAAAAAGAAAGGGACUCGAUGAGCAUUGCUGAAGGUGGUGAUUUGGUGGUGGGUGGGAGGGAUGCUUCAGAACGGCAGAGCAUCCUAUUUCCUCAUCAUUUCACCAGUGUUAAUAUUCAAAUGCUAUUCAAGACUUCCUUAAAUCUAGUAGCUCAGAGCAUUUAACACUUUCACCUAAAAUGGUUAAUUAUGGCUUCUUGAUAUUUAAAACUUACCAAUUUGAGCCAUUUUUAGCAAUGCUCUUCCAUUCUCUUACAGUACUGUAGCAAACUUCAGGCUCUUACUCUUCUAGUGGGUAACACAGAUUGUUCCUCACACCAGACCUGUCUUACCUUCUCGUGUACGACCCUUUUUCGCUUGUGGCUAAACCUUUCUAUUCUUGUUGCCGAGUUAACAUAUCAACCUGAAAAAAGGUGGGGAGGGAAGUCUGUAAAAAAAUGCUUUUUCCUCCUGUGCCUAGGUUAAAUGAUGUUUAUCACUGGCUCUUGUGGAAGCAUAAAACAUCACACAAAUAAAUGAUAAAGAAUAUAUUAGGA